GGGGAAGGGGAGGUGAGGAGGCAAGUCGAUGUCCAGAGCCUCGAGCCGACUCUUGCCCGCAGGCCAGCAGCACUGCCCGGCUGGACAAGAUGACCGAGAAGCCCAAGAAGGCCGGCAAGAAGUUCAAGUUCUUCAAGUUCAAGGGCUUUGGGAGCCUCUCCAAUCUCCCCCGGUCCUUCACUCUGAGGCGGUCCUUGGCUCACAUCUCUAUCCGACCGAAUCUAAAGCCUGAAAUCUUUGAGGCCACGCAGGACGACAUGGUGACGGUCCCCAAGAGUCCCCCGGCGUAUGCCCGUUCCAGCGACAUGUACAGCCACAUGGGCACCAUGCCUCGGCCCAGUAUCAAGAAGUCUCAGAACCGACAGGCUGCCCUGGAGAACGAAGAGGUGGGCCCUGAGCCCCACCUGGUGCCCCGAGGCCUGCCUGACCCCCCAGGCAUGGAGGCGGCCCAAGAGAAGGUGGUGGAGACCGAAGCCCCCCUGGAGGACACAGAGGGGAAACCCAACCCGUCAGCCGAGGAGGCGAGCCCCACGAAGGAGCCUGAGGACCCCAGGGUAGACACAGAAGAGGAGACAGUCCCCAGGAAUGUGCCCCCAGAAAGGGCUGCUGGAGAGCCGGAGGCUGGCGGGGACUACGUGAAGUUUUCCAAGGAGAAGUACAUCCUGGACUCAUCGCCUGAGAAACUACACAAGGAGUUGGAGGAAGAACUCAAACUCAGCAGUACAGAUCUCCGCAGCCAUGCCUGGUACCAUGGCCGCAUCCCCCGAGAGGGUCUUAUGGCCUGCCUCUGGGCCUCUGGGCCCCUGGGCCUCUGUGGCCCCCCUCUGCAUCCACGUCAUUGUGUCCCCUCCCAAGAGUCAAAUAUCUCUGUCCACUAUGUCCCCAAGACCCCAGCGGGCGAGAGCUACACCCACAUCCAGUACCUGUUCGAGCAGGAGAGCUUCGACCACGUGCCCGCCCUGGUGCGGUACCACGUGGGCAGCCGCAAGGCUGUGUCGGAGCAGAGCGGCGCCAUCAUCUACUGCCCCGUCAACCGCACCUUCCCGCUGCGCUACCUGGAGGCCUGCUAUGGGCUGGGCCAGGGCGGGGGCAAGGCUGCCGGGCCUGCCAGCCCCGCGGGCCCCAAGGGCAGCCACAUGAAGCGGCGCAGCGUCACCAUGACCGAUGGGCUCACCGCCGACAAGGUCACCCGCAGCGAUGGCUGCCCCACCAGCACAGCGCUGCCCCACCCCCGGGAAUCCAUCCGCAACUGUGCGCUCAGCAUGGACCAGAUCCCAGACCUGCACUCGCCUAUGUCCCCCAUCUCCGAGAGCCCCAGCUCCCCCGCCUACAGUACCGUGACCCGUGUUCAUGCCGCCCCCGCAGCCCCCUCAGCCACAGUGCUGCCCGCCUCCCCGGUCACCCGCCGCUCCAGUGAACCCCAGCUGUGUCCCGGAAGUGCCCCAAAGCCCCCUGGGGAGUUGGACAAGGGCCCUUAUGCCAGUCCCUCCCACACCCUCUGCAAGGCCUCCCCCUCACCAUCGCUCAGCAGCUACAGCGACCCGGACUCUGGCCAUUACUGCCAGCUCCAGCCUCCUGUCCGUGGCAGCCGCGAGUGGGCAGCAGCUGAGGCCUCCAGCCGGCAGGGCAAGAGCUAUGGAGAGAGGCUAAAGGAACUGUCAGAAAAUGGGGCCCCCGACGGGGACUGGAGCAGGGCCUUCACUGUCCCCAUCAUAGAAGCCACCUCCUCCUUCAACCCAGCCACCUUCCAGUCACUACUGAUCCCCAAGGAUAACCGGCCCCUGGAGGUGGGCCUCCUGCGCAAGGUCAAGGAGCUGCUGGCAGAGGUGGACGCCCGGACGUUGGCUCAGCAUGUCACCAAGGUUGACUGCCUGGUUGCUAGGAUACUGGGCGUUACCAAGGAGAUGCAGACCCUAAUGGGAGUCCGCUGGGGCAUGGAGCUGCUCACCCUCCCCCAUGGCCGCCAGCUACGUCUAGACCUGCUGGAAAGGUUCCACACCAUGUCCAUCAUGCUGGCUGUGGACAUCCUGGGCUGCACCGGCUCUGCCGAGGAGCGAGCGGGGCUUCUGCACAAGACCAUCCAGCUGGCCGCCGAGCUUCGGGGGACCAUGGGCAACAUGUUCAGCUUCGCUGCGGUCAUGGGCGCCCUGGAUAUGGCCCAGAUUGCCCGGCUGGAGCAGACAUGGAUGACUCUGCGACAGCGACACACGGAGGGUGCCAUCCUCUACGAGAAGAAGCUCAAGCCGUUUCUCAAGAGCCUCAAUGAGGGCAAAGAAGGCCCGCCGCUGAGCAACACCACGUUUCCUCAUGUCCUGCCGCUCAUCACUCUGCUGGAGUGUGACACGGCCCCGGCCGAGGGUCCGGAGCCCUGGGGCAGCACGGAGCACGGCGUGGAGGUGGUGCUGGCCCACCUGGAGGCUGCCCGCAUGGUGGCACACCAUGGCGGCCUGUACCACACCAAUGCCGAGGUCAAGCUGCAGGGGUUUCAGGCCCAGCCGGAGCUCCUGGAGGUCUUCAGCACCGAGUUCCAGAUGCGCCUCCUCUGGGGCAGCCAGGGCGCCAGCAGCAGCCAGGCUCGGCGCUAUGAGAAGUUUGACAAGGUUCUCACUGCCCUGUCCCACAAACUGGAGCCUGCCGUCCGUUCCAGCGAGCUGUGACCCCCGUGGACCCUUCCCCUCUGCAGCUGCAGGCAGCAUCCGGGACAGAGGGGCACAGACCUUUCUCCAGAGCACCCCAGGGACACUGUGACCAGCCCAAGAAUGUACCGGACUCCACGCCAAGAUCUCCCUUGCGCCCCGGGGUCCUACGUGGAUUCUGGGCUCCGUCCCACCUGCUACAUGCUCACCACGUCUCCCUUCAGGAAGAACCAGGAUCCCUGUUCCUCCCUCCGGCUCUGCCUCUCCCCGUCCUGCUGAGGUGCCCUGUGUUUGAGCCAUGGGAGGCUCCUCACGCCUCCUCACUCUCCUCCAGGCAUCUGCUCCCCACCGACACCAAGGCCUCCAUCUGGCUGUAAAUAGUCUCCGUUCUGUAAAUAGAUGUACAGAAACCAUGCUCUUUCUUUCAUAUAAUAAACUUUUAUGUCUCUUUUU